CUUGUAUUCAACUAGCUAGUCAUACUCGGUAAUUACCAAGGUACAAUCCCCCGACAGCUAUAUUUUAGCGCUGUUUCACGGAUUCCGCAUAGCUUGUCCAACAUACGCCCACCACAUCCAAUGAACACUCCGCCCGACUUGGACUCCGAUGGCGUCCGCUUCAACUGGAACUCGCUCCCGGUGACAAGGUCAGAGCUCUCUAAUCUCGCAAUGCCUAUUGGCUGCUUGUUUACCCCGCUACAUAACCCUGACAUUCCACGUCUACAUACACCUCUCGUGCUCUGCACCGGUUGUAAUGCCACGCUCAACCCUAUGUGUGCGAUUGAUCUGGUCAGACGGCUGUGGCGCUGCUGCUUGUGCUGUCUCGAAAACACCUUUCCCCUAUCGCACACCAGCAGAUUGGAUGUCGGUGCAGUUCCCCCCGAAGUCCAGCCCGGAUCUUCGACCGUGGAAUACGUAUUGGACAGACCCCCAUCGUGUCCACCCGCAUACCUUUACGUCAUCGACACCACCCUAGAACUGCUGGAAUUGGCAGCAUUAAAGAGAACCGUCCUUGAGAGCGUAAAAUUGCUUCCUCGGGGAAGUUUGGUAGGGUUGGUAACUUACGACAAGGUCGUCCAGGUCCACCAAUUAGGAGGUUUCCCUGCUACUGUUUGCAUAGCGGGUGAUAUCAAAGGAUACGAUACUGGACGCAUUCAAAGGAUUCUCGGAAUUGUGGGAAAUCGUACCAGGCUGUGGGAUCACUCCCAAAGAUACCUAUCUUCAACGUCGGAGCCUUUUUUGUCGGCGGUGGAACGUCUUCAAACCUCCAAAUGGGAAUCUAAAAUCGGCGAGAGACCGUUAAGAGCCACAGGUACUGCUUUAGCUGUCACCACUGCCUUAGUCUCCGGUAUAUUCAGAGACUUUUGUGCCCAUGUGAUGCUCUUCAGCGGAGGCCCCGCUACCUAUGGUCCCGGAACCGUCGUUCCCCCGUCGAAAGCCUCUACCCUUCGCUCGCACAGUAGUAUUGAAAAGAGCGACGCCAAGCGCUAUAAAUCCGCAUACGACUUCUACGCAUCUUUAUUGGAAGGCUCAACGUCAAUCUCUUAUAGCAUCUUCGCGGGCAGCUAUGACCAGGUUGGGGUAUAUGAAAUGCGUCGCUUGUGUAAUGAUACAGGCGGUGCAAUGGUUAUUAACGAUUCUUUUACGACAGAACUUUUCCGGCAAUCGUUUCUGGCCUGGAUUUCCCAUAUUAUCCAAGAAACCAUCCCUGGGGUCUCACACGUCAUAUCCACUCAUCUGGACGCCACGCUCGAGAUAUUUGCCUCUUCCGGACUUAAAGUUACCGGGAUCAUCGGCCACUGCCGGUCCCUUAAAGAGCCCGGAUCGUGUGUCCACGACGAACAGGUUGGAAAGGGGCUCACAAGACGCUGGAAGAUGGCCGCUAUUUCGCCACGACACACCUACGCGGUCUUCUUUCACGUAGACUCGGGCCACAAACCCGCUCCACGCGAACUCCAUUUUCAGUUCAAAACCACAUACAUGCACCUGGGGAAGAUGCGUGUGCGUGUCACAACGUUCACACGGCCAACCUCAAACAUGGUAGACUUGGUACACGGGUUCGAUCAGGAAGCUGCGAUUGUGUUGCUUGCGCGCCUCGCAGUUGACAGGCUUGAGCGCAGCUUCUACGACACCUUUGCCAGCCUCGUUCAAUGGCUCGAUGCGACAACCAUCAAGUUGUGCAAGACAUUUGGCACGUACACGCGCGGCCACCCCGAAACCUUUGCGCUAGGCCCUACCUUCACCCUCUUCCCGCAGUUUGUAUACCACCUCAGACGGUCACCAUUCCUUCAGGUUUUUAAUUCAUCGCCCGACGUAACCGCCUUCUACCAUCACACUUUGCUCAGGGCCAAUGCCUACGACGCCUGUGUCAUGGUGCAGCCAUCACUCGUGGCAUACAGCGCAGUCGCAGAGCCAAGUCCGGUGGUUUUGGACGAAACGUCGCUCCAACCCGACCAGGUGUUGUUUCUCGAUGCGUUCUUCUACGUGGUAAUUUGGUACGGGAGUACUGCCGCCCAGUGGCGUGACGCGGAGCUCGAUAUGGCGGAUUUUUCCCACGUACAUCGCAUGUUCGAGGGGCCAAAGGUGGAAGCCGCGGCGUUACUCGCGAACCGGUUUCCGUUGCCGCGCUACGUGAUGACCGAUGCGGGAAAGUCCCAGGCACGCUUUUUGACGUGUAAGUUGAAUCCGUCCGGCCGGGAAGGGGGUAUAUACGGUCUGGUGUUGACCGAUGGCGUUUCGCUUUACGGCUACAUGCGAGAAGUGACCAGGUUGGUUGUCGGCUAGAGGAUAAGAUUAAUGGUAUUGGGACUCUGCUGGUUGUGGUUUCAUAUGGGAGUUGUUAGAUGUCUGAAGCGUACUCGGCUUGGCAGUCUACAGAAUCAUUUUAGAAAUUCAAAUGGUACACCACGUUGGAUGUAUGCUGUGGUAUUAUUCUGGGUAUUAGACCGGGGGGUUAAUGAUUUCCCUCUUAUAGGUGUAGUGGCUACACGUGCGGUGAACGGUAACGUGAAAAGAACCACUUUGGAAGCUGUACACAUGCUAACUUACCCCUCCACACCCAAUAAUGCAGCAAGUCUGAAGUCUUUUAAGAGAUCCAAUACGGAUGAAUUUUCUAUUAUGCUUGCAUAAUAAAUACUUACAAACCUAUCAUUCUUUACCAUAAACUAAAC